AUCGUCCCCUCCUCGGUCGCCUUUUAAUCCCACGUGCCUCGUGUCAUGAGAAAGCGGCUUCGUACCCAGCGCUGCGGUGCUCCGGCUGUGUUACUCAGUGCCGUGUAGCCCCCGCCGUGCCUGCUUGACACCUACCGCGCCAGGAGUAAUCUCUCGGCGUUUCUUGUUGCGGAGAAUCAAGUGCUUUAUUUGCAGUAGUAAACUCAGUCUCUGUUAAAACACUGACUUUGCGGAGUUGGUGUUUAUGCAGAUUCUGGCUUUUAUGGAAACACCUGUCAGGAAAAGGGUCGAUACAGUUGAGCAGCUGCCAAAAAAAAUAGGUGCCUGUCACUAGCAAUCUGCACAGCUGAGGCAGUGUGUGCCCCGCUCUCUCAAACGUGCUCCUUCAAGCAAUUAUCCUGCAGAAUUUAUCCCCGAUGAGGGCUGCCGUUGGGCUCAGGACAGUACUUUAUAGUAUGUGAGUCACUCUUCUGCUGUGAGAAUAGUCUGUGUGUGACAACUGUGGAGUGUUUCUGCCUAGUAUCGAAUUCUUAUAACAGUUUGUAUAAUUGAAUAACUAAGUAUUAAAUUGAAUAACUAGUAUUACAGUUUUAUUUAAGAAGCAUGAGAUUUCUCUUGUUGCUACCUUUGGCAGAUGUCUUACAGGAUUUCUCUGUGCUGAGUGCUGUUUCGUUCGCUAUGUGAAGAUACAAGCCAUCUAAAAGCCUUUUCCACUUCACUGCUUUAUAACCCAGCCUCUGUAACAAUCAUGGUACAUGGGAAAAGAAUCAGGAAACAGUGGUGAAUUGCUUCACUUGGCUAUGACUUUUAUUUAUCGUUCCUCUUGAAGAAAGAGUUUUAUGAGCUUUUAUUUGAAGACAGACUAAAAUUGGUGCUCUCAGCUUGAAGAUCUGAAGGCAGUGGUUUUGCUGACACAAAGGUGGCAGCUCUGAGCCCUAUUCCACCAGUGGCUUUCUAUCUUACCCUGUGCCUUAAACAUGGAAGCUGUAGAAAUGAAUAGUGUGUCCUUGAAACGUCCUCACUCUGAGGAUGAUGUGGCCAGUGCAGACGAAAUUAAAAGACAGAAGAUCUUGGAGAAGUCUAAGGCAGGGAGUGACUCUGGGCAGAGUAUUGAGACUGUAACAGAACAACUCAAAGACAUAAAAAGUGAAAUGAUCCCCAAUGAUGAAAGUGAGGAGCAGGAAGAAGAGGACCUAGGGGACAGUGAUGAAGAUGGAGAUCCAGAGAGCUUUGCAGACAUGAUGAAGCAUGGACUGACAGAAAGUGAUGUUGGCAUAACUAAAUUUGUUAGCUCUCAUAAGGGGUUUUCUGGAAUCUUAAAAGAGAGAUACUCAGACUUUGUUGUCCAUGAAAUAGGCAAAGAUGGACGUGUGAGCCAUUUAGAUGACUUUUCUGUUCCAGUGGAUGAUGAGGUAAAUUUUGAGGACCCAUCAGAAGAAACAUUUACAGUUCUGUCAGACGAAGACAAGCAGCGUUUAGAAGAGCUCCAGCUUUUUAAGAAUAAGGAAGCUAGUGUUGCCAUAGAGGUAAUUGAAGACACCAAAGAAAAAAGAACCAUCAUCCAUCAGGCUGUGAAGUCCUUGUUUCCAGGACUGGAGACUAAAACAGAAGAUCGAGAUGGAAAGAAAUACAUUAUUGCUUAUCAUGCUGCUGGGAAAAAAGCAUUGGCAAAGGUCAGAACUGCAACAGAUCCAAGAAAGCACUCUUGGCCAAAAUCUAGGGGAAGCUACUGCCAUUUUGUACUGUACAAGGAGAAUAAGGACACUAUGGAUGCCAUUAAUGUCCUAUCCAAAUUUUUAAGAGUGAAGCCAAACAUAUUUUCCUACAUGGGAACUAAGGAUAAAAGGGCUAUAACAGUUCAAGAAAUUGCUGUUCUCAGAAUCACUGCACAAAGACUUGCUCAUUUGAAUAAAUGUCUGAUGAACUUCAAAUUAGGAAAUUUCAGUUACAAGAACCAUCCACUGAAAUUGGGAGAACUGCAAGGGAACCAUUUCACUGUUGUUCUCAGAAACAUAACAGGAACUGAUGACCAGAUAGAGCAAGCAAUGCAUUCACUCAGGGAAAUUGGAUUCAUUAAUUACUAUGGAAUGCAAAGAUUUGGAACCACAGCUGUUCCUACUUAUCAAAUUGGCAGAGCUAUUCUACAGAACAACUGGAAUGAAGUAAUGGAUUUGAUAUUAAAACCACGACCAGGAGCUGAAAAGGGAUACUUAGUCAAAUGCAGAGAAGAAUGGGCAAAGACUAAAGAUCCAGCAGCAGCGCUCAAGAAACUACCUGUAAAAAGGUGCGUGGAAGGACAACUUCUACGUGGACUCUUAAAGUAUGGAAUGAAGAACAUAAUCUCUGCAUUUGGCAUAAUACCAAGAAAUAAUCGUUUAAUGUAUAUUCAUAGCUACCAGAGUUACGUGUGGAAUAAUAUGGUGAGCAAGAGAAUAGAAGAAUACGGGCUUAGAGCUGUGCCAGGAGAUCUCAUACUUAAAGGAGCCACAGCAGUUCACAUUGAAGAAGGAGAUGUUGAUAACUACACCAUCCACGAUGUAGUGAUGCCAUUGCCUGGAUUUGAUGUUAUUUAUCCAAAGCAUAAAAUUGGUGAGGCCUACAAGGAGAUGCUGGUAGCUGACAACCUUGAUAUCAACAACAUGAGGCAUAAAAUCAGAGAUUACUCACUUUCUGGAGCAUACAGAAAGAUUAUCAUUCGGCCUCAGAAUGUCAAUUGGGAAGUUGUUGCAUAUGAUGAUCCUAAAAUCCCAUUAUUUACUACGGAUUUGGAUAAACUGGAAGGAAAACCAUUACCAGUUCUCCCUACGGAUGGCAAAUUCAGGGCACUCAAGAUGGAGUUCUCCCUUCCCCCAUCCACUUACGCUACCAUGGCGAUCCGAGAAGUUUUGAAAAUGGACACAAGCAUAAAAAACCAGACACAACUGAAUACUACCUGGUUGCGCUGAAUGAACUGCAAAAUUACUUAAUUUUAACAAAGUGUUUUCUUAUUUACAUGUUCUGUACAAAUCUUUAAAGAGUCACAGUAAGAGAUUUGUAUUUUUUUAAGUUUUUUAGUGCUGGCAUUUAACUUCAGUAGUCCUUUGCAAGAUGGUAACUGUAAUAUAAUACAGAUUUUAGUGACUGGUGCUUUUUUCUGAAUGAGUAGGUUGCUUGAGCUGUAACAUGAGUGCAUCUUUAGAUUUGAGCUUAUAAUGGCAUCAGACCUGGAAGAAUGUUUAGCUUGCUUUCUCUGGGCAAGCACUGAAUGUUUUCACGAGUUCAGCCCACCUUGAAAGUCUUUUCAAAUACAAUGAAUUAUAUGGAGAAAGAUGAAUUACAAUAAAAUUAAGAUACUGAUGAACAUAGGUAUUGCUAAAGUUUUGCUGAUAGCAUUUGCACUGAUGCAGUAGCAGAUUCUGCUAGCAAGGCUUUUGUGAGCUGUAAAGCUGUACAGUUCUUUUAAAUAUUUCGACUUUUCAUUGAGAAAAUACCUGUAUUUUCCAGCCAAUACCUGUACCAAAGAACAGGUACUUAAAAAUAAAUUAAUCUGAAAUUCU